UUUUUUUUUGGCGGGGGUGAGAAUGUGAGAAAAACCCUUGUUGAUGAUUGGCUGCAGAGGGAGGGUAGAGUAGAUAGACCCUGAUAAAAAUUUCAUGGUCUUCACUGACAAAUCAUCAAUGGCCAGGAACCUUUACAAGACACACUCUACUGCUCCCACCCACACAAUUUUUACAGAAGUCAAAAGUUCCUUUUUCAUUUCACAGUCAAACAGGAGCCCUUGCUUAUUUCAUUUUAUUUGACACGGCUGAAGGCCUCUGAGAGUAGUUAAGGUCAUAAGUGUAUGCUACACAAUAAGAGAGAGAGACAUCUUUUGGUUUUCGUUGAAUGAAAGGAAAUUUUGAAACAUUGUGCAAUGGUGCCGCUAAAGUUUUGAAAGGUUGUGAGAGUGUUUUGCCAGCAAAGCGUCUGAGAGUCGGACCGUUGGAGAAGAGGUCUCCAUGUUGCAUCCAUACAGAAUGGAGAGCUACCUCAUCCCGCCUCACUCAGAAGAAAUGUAUGAACCAGAGAUCUACAGACACCAAAUUGCAGAAUAUUAUAAUCCAUAUGUCCUAGAUGCAGAUAUCCAGGCAGAUCACUGGGACUACCACCCUCACCCUCACGUACACCCUGCAGAGUUUGAAAACCUACAAGAAACCAACUUCACAGAGCUGCAGAGCGUGCAGGCUCUCCACCCGCCUGGCCUCAUACGACACGAAGCCAUACGAUAUGAUGCAGAAAACCUGCUCGAUCCAAAUCUUGCAGCACAUCCACAUGUGUUACAGCAACCAGUAGCAUUCUUUCCUCGGACUGUGUAUACACCACACGUGUCUCAGCGCAGCUCUGAUGAUGAAGACCAUGGAGGACGAAGUCCCCCGCUGGAGGUGUCUGAUGAGGAAUGUCUGAGAGAUCGAGUCCCUUAUGUCCCUGGCGAGAUUGGCAAUAAAAAGAAGAUCCGAUUGUACCAGUUCCUGUUGGACCUUUUAAGAAACGGCGAUAUGAAGGACAGUAUCUGGUGGGUGGACAGAGAUAAAGGGACAUUCCAGUUUUCUUCCAAACACAAAGAGGCACUCGCACACCGUUGGGGAAUCCAGAAAGGCAACCGCAAGAAAAUGACCUAUCAGAAGAUGGCUCGUGCUUUGCGCAACUAUGGCAAAACUGGAGAGGUGAAAAAAAUUAAGAAGAAGCUAACAUACCAGUUCAGUGAUGAGGUCCUGGGGAAGAGUCAUCUAGAGAGAAAACCAUAUAUGUAGGCAGGAAAGAUACUGAAAUGUCAUGAUUGAAUCAAGUGUUGACAUUACAGCUAUAGUUUCUGGUGUUUGAUGCUUAAUCAACCUUGCUGUUCUGAUAAAAACAGGAGCAUUUUGUGAAUAGCACCAAUACUGCUGUACAGUGGGACCAAUCCUUUGAUAAUACUGGUAAUGCAGCAUAAAAGUAUGGAACAACAGACAUAAUCCCCAAAGCCUUUCUGUAUAACAAAAGAUAUUGGAGACCCCUUAGAAACUGUCAUCCAAAGUAGAGAACUAAUACCACAGAAACCUCAGUGUGGUUUAUAGGUCAGAAAUUAGCAAUAUGGAAAUAUGCAUAUGGAGAUUUGUGAAUAGAUAUAUAGAUUUGAAAAAAGCACAAUAAGAAUCUCCUGUUUGUGGAAUUUUGUCUCUUCUGCCUCCGCUCAGAUUUUCCCUGAGAUAGGCAAAAUCUGCUCAAUAAACCCUCCCAACUUUGCAGAGCAGCAAUUCCGUUGUGAAAGUGGGAACUGCAAGUAAUGUGAUGCUAAGGUUGAGAGAGAUGUUUGCCAAACAUAUCUAAUAAGUUAAUAAAUAAAUAACAACAGCAGUAAAAGAAUGAGGAAAAUUUCCUGAGUAUCCAACAAAUUCAACUACUCACUGGAUAUCACACUUUAAAGGAGCUAUUCGUAAGUUUUGCUAUUGCUACAUAGUCUUCAUUAGCAUUAACAGCUGUUUACUUACCAGUCUUGAAGAAAUGUUACGAUUUCAGCAUCAAACUUUAUUCCUUUACUCACCAUGAGCUGUCUCCAGCAGUGGAAAGCAUCUCUUGUCUCUUUUUCUUCUACUUAAGUUAGCACGCUAACCAGCUAGCCCUGGUAACUCUCGUCACUUUCCGAUAGCAACUCACUGUAGCCUCCAAUCUGCCCUGAAGAUGCAGUGCUGCUCAGAGGGUGUACUAAAACCUCCCGUCAUGUAAACGCAAUGACGGCCGAAGCUCUUGUCAAGCGACAAUCACCACCAUCUGCACCCAGCAAGAAAGCACUUUUAGUGGCAGAGAAAACUUACAAAUAGCUCCUUUAAAUCAUUAGAUCAAAAACACCCAGUUCAUUAUUUGGCAAAAACUAAAAGAGUCUAAUACAUUCAGUCAAAUUUAUAUCAAUGAGGGUAGGCUUAAUAACUUCAACACCUUAUGCCAGUGCAUAAUUACGUUCAUGCAUACAGAGAAACCAUCAGCUUUAAAACAGAAAAACUACUAUUGGCCAACAUCUACAAUGAAAGUGCUCGGUUAACUCUAUAGGAUCACAGUUGUAGACCUAAAUACACAUUCAUAAACCUUUCUUCACAUUUUCAAAUUUGGGAAGAUUUUAUCUUCUUUGUGAGGUUAUUUUUAUUGGAUAUAUUUUUUUUAAUUUGAUGUUAAAAUAAACAAUUUAAAUAUUUUUGGAAGUAUGAUGAGAAGAUUGAUACCACUCUCAUGAAUGUUUAUUAAAUAUGCAGCUAUGGCCAGUAGGUGGUUAUCUUAGCUUAGCAUUAAGAUUGAAACAGACCUGGCUCUUUCCAAAGGUAACAAAAACUGUGUACCACUUGUCUAUCAGUUAUGCAGCUCAGUACUAAACUCAUAAUAUGUCUUUUCUUUAAUCUAUAUAAAAACUAAAUGUAAAAACAACACUUUGAGGAAGUUAUUUGAAUUGAUUAUCUGAGCAGUCACUUCCUGGAGUGGUGUCGUAACUGUGGGAUUGCCAGUACAUCAGCAGAUACAGGGUCUAGCUUCAUACUAACUGUAUCGAUAUGACAGUGGUAUCAACCCUGUCAUUGAACACAUUCAAGUGAAGAACAGUCAUUGAUAGUGUACGAUCGCAAAGAAAAAGGGGAAAGAGAGAGGGGGUGUUGCAUUUACAUGGUAUGCAUCUUAGACCAUAGGUCACUGUGAUGCCCAGUAUGCUUUUUUAACAUGUGGAUGUACACGUAUCAGUGCAUAAUCUAUUUGGAAAUGUCUCUUUAAACAUUUUCAAUAUUAAUUGAAAUUUUGUUUCAUUGUGUGUAACCACUAUUGUGCUCAGAAAGAUUAUGGUUUGAAAACUUCCUGGUAGACCUGGGCCUUCCUCUUACCGUGUCUGACUCGCCUUGUUGGACCUGCAUAAGUUCUCUCUUAAUUAUAGUUCGUACUCCUGUUUGUAUAUAUUUCCAUUUCCAUUUAAUAUUUAAAACAGCAAAGUGGCACAAAUAAGUCUUUAAUGAGAUAAACUAACCUGAGCAUUCACUGUGAUUAGGUUAGAUAUAAUACUAUUAUCACAUUUAUUUGCAUGAUAAUAAAAUGGUUUGUACAAAAACACAAAACCCUGUAUGUUAAUUGUAAGAAUUGCUUGUAAAAAAUAAAUUGCUCAUCCAUG